AUGCUAGCCUACAGAAGGAGUCCGAGAGUGGUUGCCCGCUUGAACCAGGUCCGGCUGUCUUCGUCCAAGAACCAGGACCCCAAGCUUUCCGGCCAAGGUUCCUACGGUUCGAUGAGCGAAAUUGAUCCGGUGCUGCUGGACAAGCUUUUCAAGAAGAACAAACCCCAACGAUCGGUCUUACCCACACAAGGGUCUUUCCUCUUACGUCAGAGAAUGGCCAAUAUACAACAGGAGGACAAGUUUCAAGUUCUAGACGAGAGCUUGCUCAAGUUGCAAGAAACCCCAAUCAAUUUCAAUUACUAUUUAAGAAACUUAAAGGACCUCAAGAACGCCAACCAGUUGCCCUACAAAUUCGGUGCCAACCAACAAGUUUCAACAGACUCUGGAGUCAACGACAUGUUGCGAAAAAUCGUGUGGGAAUUCGAUGCUCCCAUCCGGUAUGCGUUUGGAUAUGGCUCCAAAGUGUUUGAUCAGGGUGCCACCAAAGGAUCCAAUUCUCAGGUGGACAUGAUCUUUGCCGUGUCAUACCCGGAUCAUUGGCAUUCCCUCAACAUUUCGCAAAAUCCUGACCACUACUCGAGUGUCAGACACCUUGGCUCAAGCGUUGUUUCCCAGAUAGGAGAACUAGGUGCCGGUGUCUACUUCAACCCAUUCGUGAAGCUGAAUUUCAAGAGAAGUCAAAUGGAUCCCAAUUUCGAGCUGAAAUAUGGUGUCACUUCCAUGAAGUCGCUGGUCAGUGACUUGAUGAAUUGGGAUACGAUGUAUCUGAGUGGCCGGUUGCACAAGCCAGUCGCGGUGGUUAGAAACGCACCCAAAAUCUCUUUGCUUAACCAGUACAACUUGACCAACGCCAUCAAACUUGCUCUGCUGCUGGUCAACAAAAGUGAUAUCUCGGAGUACGAACUCUACCAUCAGAUUGCAGAAUUGAGUUAUCUGGGAGACCCAAGAUUGAAAGUGAAGGGAGAGGAUAUCCAUAAAGUCGACAAGAUUGUGGAUAACCAGUUCGACCAAUUUAGAAGAAUGUAUCUUCCGCUUCUGAAGAACUACUUCCCAAAAAGCGUUCAGCAGGUGACCUUGGAAGACAACGCUGAACACAGAUUCAAGAUCAACUUGGAUGGACAAACAACAGCCGAGUUCAUAGCAGACUUACCAGACUCGUUCAGAAGACGACUGUUGCUGAAGUUCGGCAACAAGUACGAGUCCAGCUUGAGUGACGAUUUGUUUGCAAAAAGAAUCCUUAUGCCAGGAAAGCCAUUGGGAGAUUUAAGUCCAGCAAAGUCGUCCUCUGAACUGUCGUUCAUGGACCUGCAAAACAUGAGCGAAACAGCCAAACUCACAGAAAUCCCAGUGGAAGACUGGAACUAUCUUCCAAACGCUUUCAAAGUCCAGCAGUCGCCGUUCAUCAGAGAGAUUGCCAAGGACGAAUUACUCGUAGGAGCCCUCAAAGACACAGUGAAAGAAACAGUUUCAAGACCAGCCCUUGUUCAAAGCCUUAAGGGAGCUUUGACUGCUGGCGUUUUCAGAUCGUGGAAAUACGCCUUGGAGAAGAGAAACAAGUUCAACAAGAGUAUCAAUAACGAAUCAUAG